UUUAUCUUUGAAAACGAUUUUCUGAAUAAGCUAACUUGUUCUUGAAGAAGAAGCCAAAUUAGUGUAAAUAUAACAACCAAACGUGUCCCCAUAACUCCAAAGUCGCUGGACUUGAAGCAAACGCCAUAUAACACGUUGCUCUUUCUUUUUACCUUUUUGUUCCCUCAUUUUUCCAGAAAACAAACCCUUGUUGGCUGUUGCGGCGGUGAAACAUUUCUCUUCCUUUCCCUCUAAAAAUAAACUCCGAUGUCCAAAACCUAGCUGUUCACCUCCGACAUCUCCGUUUUGUUCUGUUCCAUCGAUAUUAUGCCGACUUAUACAGCAAUCGCCUUUGAGAAUCUACUUGAACCUCGUGUUCGAAAAUCCUAUGGAAAGCAACAGCUAAACGAGAGAAAUGAAGAAGAAAAAGUGGUGGAGGAUAUUGAGCCACCGCCGCCGCCGGCGAAUCAUAUAUUUAUAUCACCGGCGUUGUAUAUAACUCCUGAACCAGCUCCGAUUCCGGAGACUUCUUCUGGCUCGCUGUCUCCUUCUCCCUAUGUAGUCAACCACAAGCGACGUGGAGGUGGAGAAGCAUUUGCGAAACAGAAACUUAAUGGAUUGGAGGAAGUUGAACAAGUUAACGAGAAGACUGAUUUGGAUUUGAAAUUGGAAGAGGAGUUAGCUGGAGAAAAUUUGUUUGAGGAAGAUGAGGAAUUUUUGGAUCCGAGAUGUGAUACUUCAAGUAUUGGAAGUGUUAAUGAGGUGAAAGGGCUUGAUUGCCGGAGCUAUGUGUCUGCUCAAGGGGAGUUCUUUGAUGCAGAUGAAGAUUUCUCUGUGGAAGGGUCAUCUCUGAAUGGAUCUACAUGUGGACCUAAUAUUGAAUCGGAACUGCGCGCCACAAGGCUCAAACUCCUUGAGGAGAUUGAAAGAAGAAAAACCUCAGAGGAUGCUCUUAAUAUGAUGAGAUGUCAGUGGCAGAACAUCAGUACUGUUCUAUCUCAGGCAGGGUUAACACUUCCUUCUCCUUCAGAUGUCAUUGGUGAUAUGCAGCUUGAUAAUGCUUCAAUUGAGCAGCUCUAUCAGGAAGUAGUUGUCUCAAGAUUUGUUACUGAAGCAAUUGGGAAAGGUCAAGCUCGUGCAGAAACUGAACUAGCUGCAGAAUCAAUUCUUGAGUCAAAAAACCAGGAGAUUUCAAGGUUGAGAGACAGGCUCCGAUACUACGAGGCUGUAAAUCAUGAGAUGUCCCAGAGAAAUCAGGAAAUCAUUGAGGUUGCUCGGAAGCAGCGACAGAGGAAAAGAACCCAGAAGAAGUGGCUAUGGAGUUGUAUAGGGCUCUCUGCUGUCAUUGGUGUGUCAGUAGCUGCUUAUAAGUACCUGCCACAAGCAAGUAAACAUCAACCAAUUUCAUACUCCAAUGAAUCAACAGGUGCUGGCACUCACAAAACAAAAUUGGUUAAUUUGCUCAGCCAACAUGCACACAUAGGGUUUUAAGAAGAGUUAUAGGUUAGGUCUUGCGGGAAAAAACAUGGCUUCACGCUGCAGUUUUGCUUCUAAUAAAAGUUGGAUGAUCUAGUUAAUACUGUUCAAAGUUAACGGUGUUGUUGGUGCUGAAUGAAGAGGUUUUGCUUAGUGCCUGUGCAGAUCAGAUUUCAAGGCUGUUAAGUUUGUUCACUUAAUAAUAGUGGCAUGAGUUUGUACUGCAGUUUUGCCUGUACCCCAUGUUGGUAUCUCUCUUUUGGGUACUGUUCACAACUCGGUAGAUGAUCAGAUCAGUAUAUGUUUGUAUACGUUAGGUGGUCAGUAGGAAUGUUGUACGUGCUUCAAUCUGUGAUGUAACGUUUCUAUUCAGUUAUUAAUUUUUAAAGAGAAUCUCUGUAA